CCGUCAUGACGUCAUAUUUUUGCGGCGGAAGUAUUUGUCUUUACGUCCAUUCAUGUCAGUGAGCGCAGUUGCGUUAUCCUUCACAUGUUCCCGUGCAUAUAAUCUGUCAGUAAAGUUUCGCCAUGGCUGAUUUUACUUCUGGCUUUGAUAUGCCGUCGGCUAGUUCAUCUGAAAGCGCUGAAGCUGCGGAGCUCCAGCGUCUGAUUGCAGUAGAGCAGCAAAAGGCUCAGUUUCAAGCGCAGGUUCACAACUUUACGGAUGUUUGCUGGGAUAAGUGCAUGGACAAACUGAGCUCCAAGAUGGACUCACGAACUGAGACGUGUCUCGUUAGCUGCGUGGAGCGUUUCAUCGACACGACGCUCACCAUCACCAACCGCUUUACGCAGAUGGUCCAGAAGGGCGCGCACUGAUUGACGGACACCGUCCUCAAGGACAAUUAGCCUACCACAUACUCUUUAUGCUCUCGGUGUACGUCCAGGAUGAUGUUUUACUGCUCUUUAGGGGUGUGGUGAACCCUUUCACUCUUGCGGAAAAAAAAUACCUAAAGCCCUUUCUCAUAGACUCUAAAAUGUUUAUUGAUAUGUGUAUCACUGUUGUACUAAUACAGCCAGCAAAGAACGAUUAUUUCUGCAGUACUGGCAGUUUCCAGUACUGACUGUCCACAUCUGUAAACCUGACUGGUUUAAUUGUGACUUAAAAUAAAUCAGAAGUUUCAAUGAAACAACCGUGAAUGAUCUUCUGUUU